CUCUCCUCAUUCAGCCUUCCCAGUGCUUUGGGGCUCCCUUCUUCCUUAGACAGAUGUCUCACCAGAAAAAGCAGCCCACCCCCAUACCCCCAGUGAUCUGCGGGAAGACCUCCGGCGGCGGCGGCGGCGGCGGCGGCGGCUCUGGCGGCGGCGGAGGAGGCUACAGUUCCGUCUGCGGCGGCUACUCUGGCGGUGGCGGCUUCGGUAGCUGCGGCGGCGGCUCGGGCGGAGGCGGCUCGGGCGGAGGCGUCAAGUAUUCGGGGGGCGGCGGCGGCGGCGGCUCCCACUGCGGAGGCUACUCCGGCGGCGGAGGCGGCAGUUCCGGCUGCGGAGGCUACUCUGGCGGCGGCAGCGGCUUCGGUAGCUGCGGCGGCGGCUCGGGCGGAGGCGGCUCGGGCGGAGGCGUCAAGUAUUCGGGGGGCGGCAGCGGCGGCGGCUCCCACUGCGGAGGCUACUCCGGCGGCGGAGGCGGCAGUUCCGGCUGCGGAGGCUACUCUGGCGGCGGCGGCGGCGGCUCCAGCUGCGGCGGGUCUUCCUCUGGGGGCGGCGGCUCUGGAGGCUGCGGAGGAGGUUCUGGUGGGAAGUACUCCGGCGGGGGCGGCGGCUCCGGGGGCGGCUGCUACUCCAGCGGCGGCGGCGGCGGCUCCUCUGGGCAGCAGGUCCAGUGCCAGAGCUAUGGAGGCAUAUCCAGCGGCGGCUCGUCCGGGGGCGGCUCCGGCUGCGGCGGGGGCUACUCCGGGGGCGGCUCCUCCGGGCAGCAGGUCCAGUGCCAGAGCUAUGGAGGCAUAUCUAGCGGCGGCUCCUCCGGGGGCGGCUCCGGCUGCGGCGGGGGCUACUCCGGGGGCGGCUCCGGCUGCGGCGGCGGCUCCUCCGGGGGCGGCUCCUCCGGGGGCGGCUCCGGCUACUUCUCCUCCUCGCAGCAGUCCCAGUCCUCGUGCUUGCCCCAGCAGAGCUACGGAGAGGGGUCGUCUGGCGGUGGCUGCGGCGGCGGCUCCUCCGGGGGCGGCGGCUCCUCCGGGGGCGGCGGCGGCUGCUUCUCCAGCGGUGGGGGCGGCGGCUGCGGCGGCGGCUCCUCCGGGGGCGGGGGCGGCGGCGGCUCCAGCUGCGGAGGGGGCUCCUCCGGGGGUGGCUCUGGGAGCGGCAAGGGCGUCCCGAUCUGCCACCAGACCCAGCAGAAGCAAGCGCCUACCUGGCCAUGCAAAUAAGGCCUCCUGGACGCCACGGAGGGGAAGGAGCUGGAGGUGUAAUGCUCCGUGGGCGCCGAUUGGCUUAGCGCUCUCAUGAUAUUGCCCUGAGGUUUCUCAAUCCUUCACGUCUUAAUCCGCCCAGAAGCCACUGACUUCCCAAACUGCUUGUUGUUCUGCAGUUUUCCCUCCUUGGUUUCCGUACAACUACCUCCCAAUCCCAGUACCUCCUCAGCCAAUAAAUUUGCAAUUCAUGAGAA